GACCAAACACUCCCUAUGUGUCCUUCUUCUUCGAAUCUAAGAACAUUGUGCACUGAAACUUAAAUAAGUAGAUGGUGGAGAUGGUACAAACUGAAAAUUCAGCCAAACCCUAGGAAAAUUGGUGGAAGAUGGGGAAGGAAGCGGAAUACUUCUCCAAGGAUUUUGAGUGGGAGAAACUGAAAGAGGAGGUGGAGUCCAAUCCCUCUCUUUCCUACCAUUUCCAAACAUUUGAUUCCAACUCCCCUUCUCUACCCUCUCCUUCCCAAGACUCACAAGCAUGGAAUCAAUUUCACAUUCGUCAUUCCACUGGCAGAUUCUUCAAGGAGAGACGAUACUUAUUGAAGGAAUUUCCAGAACUACUUUCUUGUGAUGAAUAUUCCUUUGUUUUGGAGGUAGGAUGUGGUAAUGGCAGCACCGCUCUUCCAAUAUUACGUGGCAGAGACAAUAUUAUUAUAUAUGCAUGUGAUUGUAGCAAUGAGGCUCUUGAGAGGGCUAAUGAGAUGAUACAUGCCAGCAAUGUGGGCUCAGUUACAGAUCGUUUCCAUCCAUUUUGUUGUGAUUUUUCUAUAAAUGGGUUUCCAAAGUGGUUGGCCUGUGAUUCUUGCCAAGGAAAUUUUCUGCAAAAGCAGCAUGAUCAGAUCUCAGAUGUUAAAGAAAAAAAAGAGACAAAUUUAAAUGAUUUAUCUUCAUUGGGAGAAAGUAAAUGUUGCAUUGGUGGAGUUGAUUUUGUUACUUUGAUAUUCAUGCUAUCAGCUGUACCACUCCACAGGAUGCCAACAGCUAUAAGAGAGUGCUUCUCUGUUUUAAAGCCUGGUGGCCUGCUCUUGUUCAGGGAUUAUGGCCUAUAUGACAUGACUAUGCUUCGAUUUGAGCCAGAAAAAAGAGUGGGUUUCAGGGAGUACAUGCGCUCUGACGGAACUCGAUCUUAUUUCUUCUGUAUGGAUACUGUUAGAGAUCUCUUUACAGGUUCAGGCUUCACCGAGCUUGAGCUUGAAUAUUGCUGUGUCAAAUCAACAAAUCGCCGAAAUGGGAAGAGCAUGCAUAGAGUGUGGGUUCAUGGGAAAUUUCAGAAACCCUUUUGAUGUCAUUCUUCACAAUUUUCUCCAUUUAGGUAUGGUUUGAAGAGAUUAUGCCUGCUCUUUUGUGAUUUUUUUUUUUCUAAAAUAAUUUUCAAGAAUGUAUGAUACUCAACUAAUUUAGGUUCGUUUCAUUGUUGGAAAGAGUUGGUGAAAGGAAUGAAAUAGAAUUGUGAAGGAUGGAAAUACCAGGGUUUGAGUCUAAAA